AAGGUGCAAUAUACAUACCCUUAACGUGGAUAACGUAUAACAAUUGGGCCAAAAAGCAGCGUUUUCAUAGACGUUUUUCAAUGAAUGACAUUGCUAUGAUAAAGUUAUCCGAAAAAGUAUCUUCUGAAAUUAAACCAGCAGUAAUUUCUACGAUUCAACAUACGAAUUUAUUUGGAUUGAAUGCCGUAGCAGUUGGAUGGGGUCAAACAAUUAAUAACACAACACCUGCAAUGCUCCAUGUAGCAAAUUUGCUCAUUUUACCAAAUGAAGAAUGUAGUCGAAGAGCAACGAAUCUUUCAGGAGACGAGAUUAUAUUUGAUAAGAGAAUGGUGUGCACUGGUUAUGUUCCUUACGCAAUACUACACGAUGGAGACAGUGGUGGUCCGUUAUUAUUUAGAAAUCAAAUUUUGGCCGUUAGUUCUGGUACAUGUCCAUUUCCUCAAAUUUAUGUACAUCCGGAGAAAUUAAACGUUCAUUUCAGUGUAAAUUUCUACAAAAAAUUUAUUCGAUUAAAUAAACUUUAAAUUAUUACA